AGGCCCGGCUGGUUUUUUGUGGUCGCGCUGUAGUAACGGUUGGGGUUCUUCCGCGCGUGGGGCGUCAAAGAGUCCUCCUCAUCCCGUGAAACCGCGCUGUAUCCCGGGAAGGGAAGCGGGUUUCGGGACUGGCUGCCCUGAGCCGUGUUUCCAACGUGUAAUUUUGGCUGCCAUGCCUGUGGCUGGAGGGGGAAGGGAACCGAGAGGGGCGGGAGCGCGGAGGGAUACGCGGAAGAGGUACCUAUAAUUACAGGUUGACUGUAAUUAUACAGGUUGACUGAAUGCUUCUUAAAAUAAACCACUAGCAAUGCACAGGCGAUCCAAGAAUAAAAAUGCUCGCCUGGAAGAUAAGGAAAAUCAGAGUGGAUUCUCUGAAGAGUGGGAUGAGGCCUCUUUCCCUGACCUGCUAAAAGACCAGAAGAUUUGCAAAGUGACUAAAUCAAAAGAGGUAGAGGCUUCCAAGAACAAGAAUUUAAAUGACGGGAAUCCCAUACAGGUGCAAAAAUGCAGCCUGAAUUGCAACAAAGGCUUCGAAGAGGAAUCGUACCACAAAGAGGAGGAUGCUGCCAUCUGUUUUGAUGCCCUUAAAGGGGGUGUGGUUGGUGAACCUCCCUUCCCCUUGAACAGCAAGGAGAACUUGUCAAGAAGUAGGCCUGUUCCUCCUGGGGAUGAAUGCUACUUGACACCCCCCAGGGACAGAGCAGAAGAGAAAUCGUAUGGUGGAAUAUCGGAGAAACGCAGGGAAAAACCUGUUGAUUUCGCAGCUCUAACAGUUACUGAAUUUGGCAUCACUCAAGAAAGCCUUACUAAAGGAUCUAUAGGGAAGUCUCCAACUUUAUUAAAAUUUAGACGAAGAUCAACAAUUGGAUUACGAGGGUCGCCAGAAAAUAAUGCCCUUAUUCAAUAUAUCGCCCAACAGAGAAGCAAGAUGCAAAAAGAGGCUUAUACACAGCAGGUUAGUCCUUUUAAACAGAAAACUGUCAGGUCGCUGAAGGACAAGAUAGAUGCCUUUCAAAUGUCUUUUACAUCGGUACAAGAAGCCGAAGGGGAGAUUGGCUCCUCUGGACCAUCACAAGUGGAGGAGGGUUCCCCGGAAACAGGCUACUCUCAGAACAAAGUACUUAUUACAAAAGAGCAGAACCUGGAGCUGAGGAGUGACAAGUUCAUAUCAGACAGCAGUGGGGCUGAUCUGAAAGAAAACUUUAACCAGACCAGCAAUUUCACUUCUGACUGCAUCACUAAAGAUGUUGGAAGCACUGUUGUCUCAGAUCUAAGAAAAAAGAGAGUUAGUUUUGUGGAAGAAGUGAGCUUGGAGAUAUUUGAUGAAAGCAAACCACCCAUCACACCAGUACAGACAAGGAAUAAUUCACUAAAUGAACAUACCCAGAGCGGCUCCCGCCUGCGAUCGGUGUUGAAGAAAACACCACUGAAGCAGUUGAUGGACAGCAUGAAGGAAUACUCAAAUGAUUCAAUUGAUGGGGGAGGAGGUGAAUGUCUUCCAGCCUCCAGUUGCGCAGGAGUCUUGGAAACACUGCAAACAGAGAAAACUGGAAGCUAUAGCUCUGAGAAGCCAAAGAAAAGAGUAACUUUUGGAGAAGUUCUAAGCCCAGAAAUAUUUGACCAAACGUUGCCUGCAAGUACUCCAUUGCACAAAGGCGCGACUCCGGUCCGUCAGCCCAGCUUGCAAAAUAAUAGCCCUUUUGCAAGGCCAAGUCUUGUCGACGAACCAUUAUCCCAGCCAAACUUUGAUUGUGAUGAUGAAUGCGCUGAGCCUCUUGAAGAGAUGGUGGAGGAUUCUCUUGCUGUAGAUGACUUCUUACCUGUUGCCAAUGCAGAAGCAGACACUGACAAGGCUGAUACCUUCCUUUCAGCAGAAGAACAAGGUGUUAGCUGCAACAUAAAUUCAGAGGGGACCGAUUGCAGCAUCUCAAAAGCCACAGAUACUAAGGAUGCUGAAGAGGCUAAAAAUCCGAGAAAGAACAGGUCUCAAAGACAAAAAAACAUAACCACGUCUGCUGCCAAAAAGACACAAAAAGCAAAACGUGCAACCUAUGGGAAAAGAAGAAAGAAAAAAGUGAAAAAAUCUUUAUAUGGGGAAAGAGAGAUGGCUUCAAAGAAACCUCUUCUCAGUCCUAUCCCUGAGAUUCCAGAGGUUUUCUCUUCUGCCUCAUCUCCAUGCUCACCCAAGGCAAAUGCAUUUUUUACAGGUAAUAUCAAAUCCGGGAAUGCUCACAAGGAUGUUCGACAGAAGUCAAUUGUUAAAAGAAAGAGAGGGAAAAGCGUCGAUGCGGUUCCUGUGUGUUCAGGCUCUAAGGACCUGGAUGCUCCGGAAGCCGGCAGCUCUGAUGAUGUAGCGUUUCAGGUGUCGGAUGAUGAUCUGAAGUCCCUCUCUGGUGUUGAUCAUAAGCUUUCAGACGUGCCAGAUGCAAAGUGUGUACUUGGUACACCUGAGUAUUUCCAACAAGGUAAAGAGGCAGCGUGUGCAAAAGAGGCAGAAGAAAAUGGUUUCUUGAUGGAAAAUGAGAAAUUACAAGGACAACUCCCACCUAAGGCAGAGCAGCUCAGCAGACUGGAAUUCCUGGAACAACAGGACACCAGCGUACCUGAGGGAGCCCAAGGAACUCGGUGUCCACAAGAAGAUUCUGUAAGAGGUAGUCUAACAAGAAAAAGAAGAAGUAGUAGUGCCAUCUAUUUUCCUCCUGUUGAAAAACUGGGAAUAAUUGGAAGCAAUCUUUCAGCUUCUCCUUUUAACAUUGAAGAAGUCUUAUCUGCUCCUCGCCUACAAAAUGACUCCUUGGAGCCUCGUAGAAGAAAGAGUGAUAACAGUGGUGACAGGAGAGUGAGGCGCAGCAUGAGACUACAUAAAGAUGCAGAAGCUGAAGGGCUUGCAUGGAUUCAGAUACCUAGUGAGAUUCAAAAGAACCCUCCCCUCCUCGCUUCUUCUGGCAAAAUGAGGAGAACAAUAAGCACAUCCAUCCUUAGAGAAUCUGAGAAUGUUCACCAUCUAGAACAAAAUCUGAUCCAGUUCUCAGCCCCAGGGAAAGAGAACAAUAACUCUUUUGACCUUGCUGAUCGUCCUUGCAAAAGGUGGAGGAGGAAAACCAUAUGCUUAUCCGCACCUCAAGAGACAAGAACUUCGUCUCAAACUUGGAGAAGGAGCAUGACCAAUUCUGUAUAUAAGAAGGACAGAAACAACAAAAAAAACUCUGAAGAAGUAGAAAUACCUCUUGAAAGUAACUCUAACGUUUAGUGAGGCUUCAGCUACCUCUGAUUUUCUGAAGUGAAGAUUUCAAAAAUAUUCUAAAAAUUCCCUUGAGAUUCUCUGCAAAUGAGAAAGAAGUGACUUCUGGCCUGCUGGAAAGAGUGGAAGGCGGGGAAGUUGGUACCAUCUUCUGAAAGGACUUUGCUUCACCUUCUGGCAUGAACAGGCAUAGAGUUUUUAUAAGUAAGACUGACUUGUGUGUUAGAAAGAGUUAAUGAAUUAUUCUCUGGUGUGAAGGUUUAUAAUUUAAAAAAAAAAAAAAAAGCUUUUAUAUCUUUGUGUAUAACAAUAAUUUUAAAAAAAUUAAACUGGCUAAGGGAGAGUGAAACUUUCAUCACACAGUAAAGCUGAGCUUCAUUUCUGGACGUUACUUCAGUGUAUAUCCAGUGCUUAUUGUUCAGUAGCUGACCUGUCGUCUUUAGGCUUUUCAUUUUUCUAGCCUGAACAAUGUAAUAAAACGCGAUGUCUGUAGGUGGUCUACCUAAGCAGAUGCUGUUGCUCUCAUUUUUCAUACUGUUCCGCUUCAGCCUUAGCGGAAAUACCUGUGCCAGCUUGAAGGAAAGAGCAUUUUGUUGGAAACUAUCUCUUCUGUGACCUUGUUUUUAACGUUAUUGAUGUAGAAUAAAAUACUUCAUGUACUUGGCUGCUUUUAUAAAGCUUAACAGCAAACAGAACCGUUUCACUUUUAUGCAUGUCUUACUUUACAGACAUCAUCAGUUUUUCCCAAGACAAGGACUCCUAAGGCAACUUGAACAAGCUGUUACAAGCUGUUCAGCUCUUACUGCUUUAGAAACAUUGCAGUUAUCCUUGAUGUUUUAUUUUGGGUUUUGCUUUUAUGUCACCAUGAAAAAUUUGGAUUUGGAAGCGGAAUGACGAUAGUUGCUUGGGUGGAAUCUCAUUGUGAUAGCGGCGUGUCUGCUUACCAGGAGAGGGCAGCCUGGCAUGAGAUUUGAUGGUUGUGACUGAAUCUGAAAAUAAUACCCUAACAUACAAAAUCUUUGCUGAGAUUCGAGCUAAGGUUAAAAUCUAAAGUUCCUUGAGAUUUAAACUAAUAAUAGCUGUUACUUCUAACCUUCAGGGGAGAAAAAAAAAAUCAAACCAGCAACUGAACUACAUGCUGGAAUUACGCUAGAAAAGCGAAACACCUAUGUGCUGUGUUCGGAUGUGACUAUGGAAAUCACAUUGCAUUUUAAACGUGGUAGAGCACUGCAGCUGAGGUGUUGGGGUUUGCAUAACGACUUUUAGAUAACAAAUCAAGCAGUAAGUGAAACCUUUGGAGACUGUGGGUGUUCAAUACCAAACAGCAGACUUGAAUAGUCAGGUCAAGUAAGGAGUUGUCCUGGAGGAAGAGGUAAUAUAGUGGUAUGUAUGAUACUUGAAGGCAUGAUAUAAAACGCUGCUUAGAACGUGCUGUUGGUGAACACGUUUAAUGUUUUAAACCAUUGUUGCUGUCCCAUGCAUCAGCUACAGCAGCAAAUUCAAAGAGAAUUCCCUCUCAAGGCUUCUUGAGUGGAUAGGUUAAGUGCACUUCAGGUAAAGUGAAGUGUAAGUAAAAUUGGAAGAGAAGAAAACAAAGCUUGAAUUUUCCUCCUGGCACAGUCUGGUUAAAAAGGAUUGUUAGGAGUUAUAUACAUGUGCUUAGUGGCAGUUUGCAUGGCUUCAGGAGGGUGAACCUGUGGAGGAAGAAAGAGGUCGUAAUUAACGGGGCUUAAUCUGGAGAGGAUUUGAGAGACUUCUUCGGCUACGCAGGAGCUUGUUUUAAGUCGAGGGUAAUAAUCUGUUCUGCAUAUCUGUGCUGAAUGGGACUGAAAAAAUGUUUAAAUUAGAGAAAAGUGUCUCUGUGAAACAUUAAGAAAAAGUUCCAGCAGUAGUGAUAGUUGAGCACGGGAAUGCUUUGCCUCAGGAAGUUGUGGAAUCGCCAUCACUGGAGGCUUUUAAGAACAGAUUAAACAAAUAUCUGUCAGGAAUGACAUAUGAGCCUUCCUAGGGGCAAGAAUAGGGCCUGGAUGGCCUCUUGAGGUCUCUUCUGGCUUUGUUUUUUGAUUGCUAGACAUGAAGGUUGCAAGA